AAUGGAAUGUUUGAAAUUUAGAUAAAUGACAUGUUCAUUGUACAAUGUAGAUACUAUAGGAAAUAACAUAUUUAAAUUGGGUAUAUAGGGAGUUAGAUUUACCAAUUUGAAAAGUGGGGAAUAAAAUGUAUGAUUAGGAUAUUUUUAAGUGAGAUCUAUAAGUUCUUAAUAUGGAAGAGUAAUACAGAAAUGCAUCCUAUGAGUUGAAUAAAAUCUAGAAAUUUUGACCCCUCUGUGGAGAUCAGCUUGUAUAGUCAUAUUUCGUUAAGUUGUUUAUAGUUCUCAGCUCCGACGUAUUAUCAAUAUGUAAACAAUUUGAUUUUUUAAGAUGGAAAGAAGAAAAAAACAUGGAGGACGGAGGAAUAAGAAAACGAAAUCCAUCCAAAAUGAUCCGAACUCUACUCUGCUCCAGGUUGAGGUUGAGGACAACUUGACAGAUCUAAACCAGAACACAUUAAACCCAAACUCAAACAAUGAUCUGAAUACGGAGUGUGAAACCUUCUCCGACUCUGAAUCUAUCCCCGGUGUUGAAAUGAUCCCUGAGAUAGGUUCGAAUUUCUCCGAUAGUUCAGGAAGCAAAGUUAGCUCCAGGAGAAGGUUGAAACAAGAAGCUUGGGAGUUUAUUAGAGGAGAAUGUUUUCUAAGGGACGGAAUCAGACCUGAAACUGUGGCAGUUUGGCUCAGGACGCUGCUGGAUCAGAACAGCAGGCUUGUAGAGACAUUAAACAGGACCCGGAGAGAACAGGAGAAACCAAAGUAUAUCCGUCCAGAUCCGGGUAGCAUUGAACACAUGGGUAGGAACAAGGACCUGGAAAGGGAUGAAUUCACAGAAAAGACGGAGCAUAACAGCAAAUUAUUAGAUACACUUAGCAUUAUCAGAUCCUGUGAGAGUAGUUUUGAAGUUGAUGAUGGGAUGGAGAAAUAUGAGAAUGAGACGGAGAAAUAUGAGAAUGGGACGGAGAAAUAUGAGAAUGGGACGGAGAAAACUUGUGAAGAAAGAUUACAGGGUCCAGCGAACCUUCAAGAUGUAGAUUUUCAUGAAGACCGACAGCUGUGUAACAUGGUGAUGGAAUGUAGAGAAAGACAAGAACGGGAACUGAAGGAGAAGGAGGAGGAUUGGAUGGAGAGAAUAAGGUCCAUAGAGAAGGAAAUGAGAGAGAAGAUUGAAAAACUGGAACAGGACAACAUGGAGAUUAAAGAAUAUGCAGAAAGUUUAGAGGAGCAGGCGAGAUAUUUAGGAGAUUACAACGAGAAUCUGAAAAAUGAUGUAACAUGUCUUCUCAAAAUAUCCGACAAAGCCAGAGAUACAGGAGUCUGGGAUCCACAUGGUUUAAACUUCUGUGUUGUCACAUUUGAACAGGUUUUCGGUUCUCUGAAGGGUUCUCCUACUCAGGGUCCUCCUCCUAAUAGAGAUAUCAAGAUACAACCUAAGGAUGAAACAAACCAUAUAGAACCUCCACCAUCCUCUCUAUAUGAUUCCAGAUCAUCCUUGAACAGUGAGAUAGAAGAACUAGAAAGCAAGAGAAUCACAAGAAUAUCAAGGAAGGAAUACAGUGAGGUAAAAUCUCUACGUAGAGAACUAGUUCGACUCCAGACUAAGUGUUCGGAUAGUGUUAGGGAAGGAGUGGAGAGAGAUACUGUUAUAGCAGAACUCCAGGUUGAGUUAACAGAGUUGAGCACAGAGCUUGAAGAUCUCAGGGUAGAGAAUAAUGCAAAUCUAUCAGUUAUUGAUAAACUUAAGGAUGAUCUGUACGAGGCGAGGAGAACCCAGAUAUCAAGUUCAAGAUCUAAUCUAAACAUAGCGAAGCACUGCAGUGUUACUUCCCUACCGGAUAUCCCAGUUUACAAAAGUAGAUUUGCAAACCAUAUCUCAAGAAGAAACAGUCAAAAUGCUGUGAUUCAAAAACUUGGUGAUCAAUUAUCAUUUACUAACAGGGCGAAAGGAUUGUUAGAAGAAGAGAGGAAAGAAUUGCUGGAUAAACUAGAAGAAUUAGAAUCUGAAUAUUCUUUAGUGAAAGAUAAUUUGGAAUUCGUGAAACGAGAAUUCGAAGAUUUAGGGCUCGAACAUGAGAAAUUGAAAGGAGAUUUCCGAACUUUGAUCCGGAUACAAAACUUCAAGGAGGACGAUUCUUCCAGCAUUCAUAGUUCCAAAAUAAGCCUAGACAACGACACAACCACAGAGCUUAGACACCAGGAGAAGCAGGAAGAAGAAGAGGAGGAGGAGCAGGAAGAGAAGGAGGAUGAGAACGAGGAAGAGGAGCAGGUUAUGGAAAGAAAGUCCAGGAGAAAAACAAGUCAUAAAAAUUAAAGCGAAAAAAAAUUAUAUUAAGUUUUUUUAACUUUUUUAUUUAUCAAACAUUUCAACAGAACUCAAAAACCCUUAAUCUUAGAUUAGCCAAGUGUUAAAAUAUAUUCAAACUUUAAAAUCUUCUGAGCUUCAUAAAAUAUCAUUAGCUAUCAUGUUUACAGAAAGAAAAAUUGUAUACUGUUAAAAUAAUUUCUUCAUUGUUUAAAAAACGAAUAGAAAAAUAAUCUGAUAAUUUACAGCUGUCCAGAGGCGCAACUAGGACUUUGGCUAGGGGG